AUGGUGAGAGACGAAAUGAGUGCCCUUCAGCCCUCUCUGCCUAUGGUGAACAACUCCCCACCCUCAGCAGGAAGGGUGUGCAACUUCUCCAGGGUCUCCACUGGUGGGUAUUCAGCAUAGCACAUGCCAUUAGCCUUCAACACUUCUCUCCAGGCUCUCAUGGACAGUGCCUACCUUUACCAAAAUCCUGGCUCAACCAUGCUGACAUUGCUGACUGACCAGGGCCUGAUGCCCAUCUCAGAACUUUUCUAUCUGGGUUCUCUCAGGUGGAAUCUCACAGGAAGCACACAUGGGAGGGCAUCUGUGCUCCAGGAUUUCCCUAUGACUAUCAUUCACCAGGACACCACAGUAACCUCACUGUCUGCAACAGCUGAGCAUGAUAACAUUUUUGAUCCCAAAGACAUAGUCUUUUAUCUAACACUGCCUGCAAGUUUUGUCGAUGCCACAACACCACAGGUGCCAAAUCAAAGAUACAGCCUGGAACCUUCUUACCAAGAAGGCUACUACUAUGGGCACAACAACCUGAACUCUCUGACACCUGGAGAACUCAGGCGGGGCCUGCAUGCCUACAGCUCCAUGUCCUACCCUGGGAGUCAGGCAUCUGCUCUGCAACCAGAGAUGGCCAUGGUGCUACAGGAGAUUCAGCCAACGAAUAUCCAAACCCCACCCUUCACCUCUGCCUUCUCUUAUUCCACAUCUGACCAAGCAAGGCCAGGCACCAGUAUUCAAGUGGUGGAAAUGGAGGCAUCCCUGGGAUUGCCACCUUCAGACCAGACAGUAAUUCUCCUGCAGACUCCAAGAAUACACAACACCUGCAACCAGGUUACUGAAAUGACAACAUCACUUGUUGAUGGGGGCAGGUCCUUAACAGCCCCCAUCCUGGUCUUCCCUCCAGCUCCAAUCCUAGAACAAGGAAAUAACAGAAACUUUGAUGAAACUGAAGCUGACCUUUCAAUGCUCCUCCAUGCCUAUGAGGGCACAAAUGAAAACCAAAACACACCAGUCCUCCCUUUGGCACAUCCUGAUAUGCAGCUGCCUCCACACUGUACUGUUGGUGGGAGGCUAAGGCAGAAUCCUGCUUCUCACAUUGCCAGCAUGGGACGUAGCAGCCUUGGUCUGUUACAGCAAGGGUCACUGGAACAUCUGAUGAUGUCCACCAUCUACAUUGGAGACACAAAGACACUGGUGGGAGACAUUCACCGUCCACAACUAUUCUACUCCUUCGCAAACUUAGAACAAUAUCCAGAUGCUGCAACAACCAAAUCUAAACUCUCCACAGUUAUCCAGAGGGUUCAGGUCCAGGACAUCGCCAGAGUUAUUACUGGACCCUCUGAACAGAAAGACCAUGAAGCGUCCAAGCUGCUCGAUGGUGCUCCCAAGGCCAAAAUCAAGUGCUGGGACCUGGUGAAGGGAGAGGGAGCUGUGGGCAGUGUCGGAGCUAGUGACCAGGCUAUUAAGAACACGGCCAAGCACUUGGAGGGCAAAGCUCAGAAUGUUGUCCCAAGGCCCAGCAGAGGGAGAGGACAGGAGCAAUAUAAGACCAAGUGGAGCAGAGAAAACAACUUAAAGAAAGCAAAAGAGCUUAAGUACUCAAAGAAGGGACUCAGGGCUGAAGAGCAAUCUACAAUGCCCAAGAUCAGAAGGAAGAGGAAUCCAUCUGAGUUCAGCCACAACAGCUUUAGAAAACCUCGAACCGAGCUGGGCAUGUACAUGGUGGAGUCUGUGCAAGUUUUUCACCCACUGGGCAAAAAGACUGAGAUGAAAACAAGCACAUGCUCCUCCAGGGUUCAGGGAUUUUCCAGCAGCAAGAAAGAUCUCAGGCCAGGCCUGCCUGCCACAGCACUACUGGGUAUGCCACGUGAAGGCCAGGGCCCUGACAAAACCCUGGGAAACCUGCAGAGAGCAGAGAUCAAUGUUCACAAGGACUGUCCAACCUCAUCCAAGUAUGAGCUGCCCCCACAUGAGAAAGUCAAGUUAAUUCCAUCACAUUACCCAACACUGAACACGCUUCAAGACACACCUGCUUCUAAAAUACUUCCCUUAUUGGCUUCACAGAGGGCCACUGCAGCUGACCCUGCAGGGCCUCAUUCCCAAUCAAGUCAACCUAACUUUGUAGGGUCAUCACAAUCACCUCCUGCCAGCACAUCUUUGAUGGCCUCUGCUAAGCCACUUCUGCCAAUUUCAAGCAGUGGCACAAGAGCUAAUGAAACCAACACCAUCCAAUUUAGCACUAUGCCUCUGUCAUCUAACUCAAAGCCUGCAACCUACAGAGCGUUAUAUCAUGCUUCUCUACAGAGGCAGCUGAUUUCUCCUACCAAGAACAAGAUGCCAUCACCUCAAAAACCUCAAACCAAAUAUCUGCUGCAAGACCUUAGCCGCCAAGCUAUUCCGUGGAGGAAAGUUGAUAUUUUAGGUCCAGUUGUUUCACGACCCAUCACAAAAGAGCAGAGACCAGAGAGGGAGGCCAUGAAGAGGAGAGCUCAACUAGAGAGAAAGAAUGCUGUCAAGUGUCCCUCCAAUGAGAAGCUGAAGAUUUUCCUUCAGAGGGAAAAGGAUAUGGAAAUUUCUGAAUAUUAUGGAUAUUUAGCGUAA